AUGCAUUUUCAAAAACAACAACAACAACAACAACAACAACAACAACAACAAAAAAAAAAAAAGAAAACCCUACGUGUCUGUGAAAAAGGACUCAAUCCCCAACCCAUAUCGCAGGAAGAGAACUACACAUUGUAUCCAGAUUCCGCAGGUGUUGGUCUGACGGGGCCAUGCUGCUGGAUCCCAUUGCAAGGCGCAUCAAUCCCAGAAGAUAUCUAUUGCAUCCGCAUCCUGACCUCGGGAUUCGCACUUCUAGUCUACCACAACGUUGAUGAUAUACGCACGGGCUGGAAUGGUGGCGUGCCAGAAUCCCUUGGAGGAAUGUGUGUCGGGUAUAUGGUCAAAACGCUCAAUCCAUCAGUUGCUAACAAGCAGGAUACCGGGUACUACCUUGUAGCACUCGAACAUAUGGUUGGAAAACCUCUUGCCCGUUUCCGGUUACCUGAGGAGUACAGUGAACUAACGGACGUGAAUGUAGCUAACGAAUGGGCUUCAUACAAAAAUGCCCUCGACAGACCCAACCAUGCACCAGAGAAAAUGCAAAAAGCCGUCGUCAAAGGUGUGGAAUACCGUUGGAAUAAACCUGACCGAUCUCGCUCAUCUAGCGCAAGUCUACUCUGGAGGACGAGCCAUGAACCGUUGCCAUCUGUCGCAUGUGCGCAGCCCAGUAGUAUUCUGUGCCUUGGAAAACCAGGUGAAGCCGACAUGAGGCCAGUUGGCUUUCAGAACUACGAGUUUCCAAUUGGCAAGUGGCCUUUGCGUGGUGAUAAACAGCGAUCAAAACCAACCGGUAGCACCAAUGCUGGUUUUUUCUUCCCACUGAUGUCAGAAAUACAGAAGUCGUGCUAG